AUGACGCCUAGGAGCAGGACACUGCCGAACAAGACUAUUUUAUGUACCUUUGGGAGUGGCUGGAGGCGGACUGUAGCGCCGCCCAAGGAAGGCCUCUGCGACAUCAUUUUCUGGGACUUCUUCUACAAAUCUGCGAGGGGCUCCUUUCUUGACCGCAGCUCCGUCGGGCUGCAGUGGUUUCUGGAAUUUGCCCGGAACGACAGCGGAACCACCCAAUUCGGAAUAGGAAUUAACUACGGCAAUGCCCUUGGAGCAUACGACGACCUCAACAAAGCACUUGGUAUGAACACAUUUAGAGAUUUAUGGAACAUGAACAUCCGGCACUACGGACUGCUUAAGUUCCAAGUGCACGACUAUUUCGUAACCCAAAGAAGUACCGUCCAAGACUACGAUAAACUUUUGAAGAGAUUGAGAGAACUCCAGGAAGUGAAUAGAGCCGGGGACGUCAUGAAAUUUGGAUACAUCAUCCUUGGCGUUGGCCUCUUUGCCCCCAGGAAUGGCCAAGUCUACGACUACCUGGAAGAACUUCUUCGGACACUCUUUGAGACCGGCCGAUUGCCGGAAGACGGACACCAUCUGGUGCCGUCUUCUUGCGCAGCCGGACAACGAGGUCAAUGCGAGCGAGCCUGCAACAUCGUCACUGCCAUGGAAGCAGCACAAAAGGACACCAAGGACAUGCUGGAUGACACCGCCACAACAAGCUCCGAGGUCGUGUAG